AUGGGAUAUCCUGUGGACUUCAAAGAACUGAAAUUGAAGGAGAAUAAGGAUUACAACAGCGGCGAAGUGAAGGGAGAUGAGUACCUUGAUUACAAUCAGUCCGAGUUCCUGUGCCCUGUCACAAGUGUGCCCAUGAAUGGAAUCAAUAGUUUCGUUGUGAACUGGAAGUGCGGAUGUGUCUUCUCAGAAAAAGCUCUACAAGAGGUAAAGUCAGACGUUUGUCAUGGAUGCGGUGGUCCAUGGAAUCCAGAAGAAUCGGUCGUUUUGAAUCCGGACGACGAAUUACUCGAAACUUACAAGCAAAAGCUAUCUGCUGAGCGUGCCGAGAAAAAACAGAAGAAGAAGAAUGGUGAAAAUGAGAAGCCAGUUGAAGAAGAUAGCGAGAAGAAAGUGGUCAUCAACGGUUCUGCGAAGAAGGUCGGCAGCGAUCAUAAGAAAGGAGAGGAUGCAGAUAAAUGCAAGCUGAAAAAAGCAGAGAAGCGGAAAGCAGAAAGCGAUAUCCAGUCAGAUCCAACAAAGUCAGAAGCUUACAAAAAGUUGUUCACUACUUGUGAGGAAGCAAAGAGAAAACCCGAACAGCACUGGGUUACUUAUAAUCCGUUAUAUUAUUGA